ACACAUCAUAUCCAUCAUGGCGACGACGGCCGAGUCGACUCCCCUCCUGGGCAAGAAGCCCGAUCGUCCUGCUCGCAGCGUCACCUUCAAUCCUACCAUUGCAACAAGCAGCCCGCCGACACGUAGACCUAUGUUCCCUUCGGCUUCCGCACAUUCAACAGGCUCGGUCGCAACCAUAAACACUCCGCCGCGUGAUGGCAGCCAGCCCAUGCUCUCGGCUCUCAACAGCAAACUCCGCAGAAGAAAUAGUCAAGGCGCUCCAUUGUCGAUAGGUCCCGCUGUUCCCGCUGCAAAGAUCGGUCCCCAGCGUACAACAAGGACGGCACAAAAACUAAAACUCUUACCCAAUCCCGAACAUGGUGACGACGGUCCUGACGAAGAGAGUGGUCGCGACGUUUACUCGCAAUUCACCAGGAUAAAGGAUCCGACUGCCCGCCGUGAUGCCGCAAGGUUGGGCAAGGACGACAGAAACAAGCUGCCUCGUGUCACAGCAUACUGCACCGCCAGCUCAUACCGCAUGGAAGAUCUGUUGCGCUUCCUCAAGGGUCGCAAACUUAAANAGGCUGCACCAAAGCAAUUCGACGAGUGCAUAUACACCCCAUACCAAUACAACGCCAAAUCAGAGCCGCAGAUCGAAGACGCAAAGGUCGUGCACUCCACCGCUCAACGUAGAUUCUCCGAUAGUGCUAUUGAGGUCGAAGGUAAUGCUGAGAGAAGACGGGAGGAUUUGCUGGACUUGCAGGACGAGAAUGGAGAGUCAGCCAUACUAGAGAACCACGAAGCAUCGACGUCCAACGAAGCCCUCAUCAUGCCGCAAAACGACACUCCUGACUUCGACACGACAGUCCACGUUCCCGAAGUCUUCUGCUUUGAGUAUGGAGUUGUUGUAAUAUGGGGCAUGUCCGUCCAGCACGAGCAGAAGUUCUUGAAGGAGCUCGCCAAGUUUGAGACCGAAAAACUCUCGAAGGACGACAUACAACAAGAAAACUUCAACUUCUACUACACCAAAGAAUACCAGGCUCGAAUUUACAACGACUUUAUCAGUUUGAGAGAAAAGAAGAAUUACAUGACCAAGCUGGCCAUCAGUCAUGCUUUGGCACAGAGUACANAAGACAACACCAUCGACGUCAACAAGGAGAUUCCAGCACAAAUCGCACUGACAGGCAAAGUCAACAUGUCACGCAAGGAAAUCAACAUGCAGAUCGGAGAGCUGUUUAUCCUACGAAUCAAUAUCCAUCUGCAGGGAUCAGUGCUGGACGCGCCGGAACUCAUGUGGGCAGAACCGCAACUCGAUCCGGUUUACCAGGCCGUGAGGAGCUACUUGGAGAUGGAUCAGAGAGUGAGUCUCUUGACGGAACGACUGGACGUCAUUGCAGAUCUCCUGGCAGUGCUGAAGGAUCAGUUGACACAUUCACACGCCGAGAUCAUGGUGGCCGUCAUCAAUAUCGUGGUCGACUUGUAUGCAGGCGUGGAU